CUUUUCGUAGUCAAUGAAGUUGAUGUAGAGUGAUGAAUUCCAUUCAAUUGAUUGUUCCACAAUGAUCCGUAGAGUUGCGAUUUAACAAUAUCCUGUUGAAGACUUUUCCCGGUAUUGAGAGAAGAGUGAUGCCCCUGUAGUUAUCACACUUGCUGAGAACGCCUUUCUUCGGUAUUUUGAUCAGAAGUCCUUCUUUCCAGUCUUUUGGUACUUGUUCCUCAUCCUAAAUCUUAUUGAAGAGAAUGUGGAGUAUCCUUGCAGUUGCCGAUACGUCUGCUUUUAGUGCCUCUGCUAGAAUGUUGUCUGGUCCUGCUGCUUUGCCACUCUUGAUUUGUCUGAUGGCCAUGGUGAUUUCUUCAAUUGUUGGUGGGCCAACAUUGAUUGGGAAGUCCGUGGGUGCUGCUUCGAUGUUGGGUGGGUUCAGUGGAGCUGGUCGAUUCAAGAGUUCUUUGAAGUGUCCUACCCACCUGUUUUGUUGCUCUUCAAUGUUGGUGAUUACCUCGCCUUCCUUGCUUUUGACUGGUCGUUCAGGUUUGCGGCGAUUUCCAGAGUUUUUUUGUCGUGUCAUACAAUUGUCUCAUGUUUCUUUCUCUUGUAGCAUUUUCCGCCGCCGUUGCUAAAUCCUCCACAUAUUUACGUUUGU